GUUCCGCCUCGCAACUAGAAAUCUUAGGGCACCCGCUGUCGCUGUGCGUUCGGCCGCGCGGAUGAGGUCGAUUGCCUCGUCUAGCGUGUGUCGUCAGGAGUUUACGCUGAACUCGCUGGACACGUUCACGGAUGAGGAGCAGCUGCUCAGGGAGUCUGUGCAGCGCUUCGCGGCUGAGGUUGUGGGCCCAAAGGUCCGCGAGAUGGACGAGAAGGAGAAGAUGGACCCGGAGAUUAUCAAGGGGCUCUUUGAGCAGGGUCUCAUGGGCAUCGAGACGAGCGCGGACCAUGGCGGUGCCGAGUCGUCGUUUACGGCGGCCAUUAUCGCGAUCGAGGAGCUCGCCAAGGUGGACCCGAGUGUGUCGGUCAUGUGCGAUGUGCAUAAUACGCUGGUUAAUACGGUGUUGCGCAAGUAUGGGUCGAAGGAGCAGUGCGACAAGUGGUUGCCGCAGCUGGCUACUGAGAAGCUUGGUUCGUUCUGUCUGUCGGAGCCGGCGUCGGGCUCGGACGCGUUUGCGCUGCAGACGAGGGCUAAGAAGGAGGGCAACGAGUGGGUGGUCAACGGGUCCAAGAUGUGGAUCACGAACUCGGCCGAGGCUGAGAUCUUCCUCAUUUUUGCCAACAUUGACCCGAGCAAAGGGUACAAGGGCAUCACCUGUUUCAUUGCAACCAAGGACAUGGGCAUCGAGAUCGCCAAGAAGGAGGAGAAGCUGGGCAUCCGUGCUUCGUCGACGUGCACGCUCAACUUUGACGACCUGCGGAUACCAGAGGAGAAUGUGAUUGGUGGCGAGGGCAAGGGCUACAAGAUCGCCAUCGAAAUCCUCAACGAAGGGCGUAUCGGCAUCGCCGCCCAGAUGCUCGGUCUCGCCCAGGGCGCGUUCGACAAGGCCGUCCCGUACACGUACCAGCGGCAGCAGUUUGGGCAGCCUGUUGGCACGUUCCAGGGCAUGGCGUUCCAGAUCGCCGAGGCGGCCGUGCAGCUGCAGUCGGCGCGCCUGCUGACGUACAACGCGGCGCGGCGGAAGGAGGAGGGCAAGAGCUUCACGCAGGAGGCGGCGAUGGCCAAGUAUCUCGCCUCGGUCGUCGCGCAGAAGGUGUCGGGCUCGGCAAUCGAGUGGGCGGGCGGUGUCGGGUUCACGCGCGAGACGGGGAUCGAGAAAUACUGGCGGGAUUCCAAGAUUGGUGCUAUCUAUGAGGGAACGUCCAAUAUACAGCUACAGACGAUCGCGAAGUUUAUCCAGAAGCAGUAUUCGUAGGGAUUAGAGCAGGCGGGAGAGGGUGUAAUGUACAAUUUGAACGGCUAGGGCUUCUGCAUCGCGAGUAGGAGACCCUCGAAAACGGCCCAGCCGAUUGCAGAGCUCAAGAUCUUGCGAGACAUUCUGAGUAAGACACCGUCCAGGAAGCCGCCUGCGCCUCGUUGGGUCCAUAUUCGACCGACUGUGCUGGUGAAACCACGGUAACGGUCUUCUGUUCUGACUUGCAUCUUGGUCUUUACGACAUCAAAAGGAUGUGUUAAAAUGGUUGCUACUGCGCCUGCGGACGCAGCUGAUACGGUAUGUAUGCUUGCUGCAUAAGCUCCGGGGAAUAGGUACGUGGUCUCGCGUUUGAUGCUUUCGUAAAAAGCUAUGAAGAGCCCCGCGUAUGGAGCGUCUCGGAAUGAAGAUGCCAUGAAGCCUCUGAAAAGCUCGGAAGGCCCUUGACGGGCGACGGACAUGAGCGAGUUCCCGAGGCUGCUGUAGUUGUGCAGACCGCUCUCAUAGCGCGCCUUGAGCACGGAGAACGGGUUUAGCAGGAAUCCCACCGAUACACGGGCGACGGCGCCUGCGACCAGGUUGCCGCUGAUGGACAGCUUAGGCAAGACGGAUGCGCUGGAGCGUCCCGGAGAGCUCCGAGACGGGGUGACGGUGAAGGUAGGAUACUGGGCCAUGGCGGCACGGAGCUGGGUGACGCUUGUCAUGUACAUGGCGACACCGGGAACGUUUCGUAUGAGACUUGCAUUGGUACCUCUCCACAGACCUCUGAAGCCGUCGUGAUUUACGAUAUUUUGAGUGAUCCGUACUAGAAGUGAUGUUCUCGAUGGACCGACAGUCUCUCCUUGCUGUAGACGCGUCUUGAGCAAGUCGAGAGGUUGCAACAUGAUGGUGCUACUCAGGCCCGAUAGUGCACCGGAGAGCAGAUGCUGGCCUACCACACCAUUGCUCAUCAGUUAGAACGAAGACUUGAAAGGUCUAGUUAGUAUAAGCGAAAGGAGGACGUCGGGGAGAACAGGCUGAGGAUGUAUCAGCGAAGAAACUCG